GAAAUGACGCGAAAGUGGCCGCGGACUGCCAUCUUCGCCUUGCGUUAGCUCCAGCUUUACAUUUUAGGCUACCCCAGUCGGGAAAAUGGGAGCCUUUGAUUGCAAGUGGAGAUUGGAGCGAAGGAAGGGCAGCUGGAUGAGGUGGACAGUCAAAAAAUCGGAAUGUCACUUUGCCAAAGUAAUUCACGUGUUAAUGUGUAAGGGUGAAGCUCUAGAAGAUUUUACAGGCCCAGACUGUCGUUUUGUGAAUUUUAAAAAAGGUGACCACGUGCACGUCUACUAUAAACUGGCAGGGAGAUCGCCUGAAGUUUGGGCUGGAACUGUUGGGCGUCUUUUUGGAUAUUUUCCAAAGGAUUUAAUCAAGGUAGUCCAAGAGUAUACUAAAAAAGAGCUGCAAAUUCCAUCAGAGGACACAGAUUUUGUUUGUUUUGAAGGGGGAAGAGAUAAUUUUGAUAAUUANCCCCCGUUUUCCCGGGGGCAGCUCCCAGCGUCCGCUCCACCCGCCCGCCCGGCGCGGAGCCGAGAUGGGGAGAAGAUUGAUGCUUAUAAACUUUUGAAAAAAGAAAUGACUCUGGACUUGAAAACCAAACUUGGCUCAACCGCAGAUGCAAUUGUAUCCGAUGAUGAGACAACCAGACUUGUUACUUCAUUAGAAGAUGAUUUUGAUGAGGAAUUGGAUGCUGAGUAUUAUGUAGUUGGGAAGGAAGACGAGGAAGAAAGCGAAGAAAACUUUGAUGAGCUACCCUUACUAACCUUUACAGAUGGAGAAGAUUUUAAAACACCACUGAAACCUGGAGUUGAGGAAUAUUUAACAGAUAAAGAGCAGAAUUCAAGUGAAGAGGAUAAGGUUGAAGCAGCUCAGCACCCUGGCAUCAAAAACGAUGAUAAAAAUAUAGUAACAACCUGGGAGGAUGCUCUUUUCUCUGCUGUCACAGAAGGUGAAGAACAAACAGGUAUGGAUUUAGAGGGUUCUGACUCAGAGGAAGAAAAGGAAGGCGGUGAAGCUUUAGUCCCCGACAGUGAAUGGGGGAAACCACAGUUAGCAACAGAUUAUAUUGAUCCUGAGAAGGCAGCAGAUGGUCUUUUGAGUGUAGAAGCCCCUAAAACAAAUAACGACAAAGACCCAGAAAUGGACACAGAACUUCACAUUAAAGGAAAAGGGAGGACAAUUGAGGAAUCCAAGGGGGACCCAGUGCAGGAUGAGAAAGGAUUGGAGGAUGAAAAGCAAGAAGGUGGGACUCUGCACGGUUCUCCUCAAAGCCGGAACGUCAAUUCUUUGCCAGCUACUGAAAAAGGUAAAGAAACAAUCAAAUCAGCCUUUGAUAACAAAGAAAAUGACCUAAAAGGAGCAGCUGUUCAUAUCUCAAAAGGAAUGCUCUAUGAAGACUCGCCUGGAGAGCAGACUUUGGAAGGUGGCUCAGAGAGGGGAUCAGAACAUAAAGAUGAAAGGUAUCAAGUGAAGGAAGAGAUGAAACAGGAGCCCAUGGGUGCUGCACCCCUCAUGGGAGACAAUCAGCAAAAUGCAUCCAAAGACAGGGUAAAGGAGCAAGUGGAUGUGUUAGUAAGUGUUCCAAAGCCGCACACGCUUUCAGUGGAGCAUCGAAGCGAGGACUUUAAAGAGGAACCGCUUGUUCAAACUCAAAAUCAACCCAGGUUCUCUUCUCCUGAUGAAAUUGGUUUGUCAAGAGAACUGGAAGAAGAGGGUCCCAUUCCAGGAAGAAAUCUGUCCUGGCAACAAGGAAGAGAUGUGGCUGCUGCAGUUAAUGAGCAAGUGAAUGAGAAGACAGGGCUGCCUGAGGGUGAGGUCACCGGGGACACCUUAGGUGGGGACACCUUAGAUGAAGAAUAUGUUCAUCCAAAGCCGGGCACUCAGAAAGCAGAAACAACAGGCGAAGAUGAUAGCGCGGAAGUACCAGGUUUCCAUCCUGAAAAACCAGAAGUGGAAGAUGACGGUUACAUCCCUGAAGAACUCCUGGAGGAUGAGAAUGCUGUAAGUGCAAAACAGUCUAAAGAAAAAAGCCCUGAGAUGCAGGACAGGCAGCUGGAUGUCAACCCCCAAGUCCCCAAAGGAGGUAUUUUAGGCACCGUUAGUACUGAUGCAGAAACUGAAGAAAACAAAGAAGAAACCAGUGGUAUUUUGGAAACUGAAAGCAAAAGUAAAACUGUGGGCAAAGGGGUCGACAUACUAGGCAGGGAACCUCGUGGUCUGGUGGUAGAAAAAGAAGAAAGCCCUCUUGUAGAUAAGAAAGCACAGAGCCCAUCUGAGGGAAUGUUUGUUCCUGACAAGAGAAAAAAUCAGACUCCAGAGGUAGGGGAAGCCUUUCAGAAUAAAGAUUCUGAUUAUCUUAAAGACAACACUGAGGAACACCUGAAGACCUCACGGCUCGCAGAGAAGCCUGGGGUCGAAGAAGUCUCAAAAGAGGACCAGGAGGACUUAGAGAGAUUCAUGGACACAGGAAGCCAGGGGGAUGCUUCUGAGGGACGUGAAGAUGGCCUGUUCCCUGGGACUUCACGCACAACUGCAAAGCCAGAGCAUGGGGACCACAUGGAGCACUUGCCGAUACUAAGCAGCUUCUUUAAAGAACAGCAGUCCUUGCUGCGGUUCCAGAAGUACUUUGAUGUCUAUGAGCUGGAAGCCAUGUUCCAAGAAAUGUCACUAAAACUGAAGUCAGCACAGCGGGAGAGCCUGCCCUAUAAUGUGGAAAAAGUCCUAGAUAAGGUCUUCCGCACGUCGGAGUCACAAAUCCUGAGUGUAGCAGAGAAAAUGCUCGAUACUCGUGUGGCCGAAAACAGAGAUCUGGGCAUGAAGGACAGUAACAUAUUUGAAGAGUCUGCAGCGCUGGAUGAUGUUCAAGACCUGAUCUAUUUUGUCAGGUACAGACACUCCACAGGGGAGGUCACUGUACCACUGGCCACGGCACGGCCUCCAGAGGAAGGCUGGAGCGGACCCGCGGAAGAGAUACAACCACCACUGGAAGAAUAUUUCCCACGAGAGAACACAGAAGAUCUGAAGAUGCAGAGUCCUGAAGAGCCCAGCCAUUUGGAUCAACCUGUGACUAGUGACACAGGGGUCUCAGAAGUGUCACAGAAGCUGAAUACUGAAACAGACGUAGACCCAGGGAUAAUUACAACCGAAAGCACUCCUGUUGAUGCUGUUGAUGGAAAAAAGCAACUGGAAACAAAUCCCGAAGAGCCAGCGAGUGUCACACCUCUGGAAAAUGCAGUUCUUUUGAUAUAUUCAUUCAUGUUUUAUUUAACUAAGACGGUAAAGAAUAGAGCGUACCAAGUUACUGAACAGCAAAUUUCUGAGAAGUUGAAGAAUAUUACAAAAGAAAAUGCAGAACUUGUAAAAAAAUUGUCAGAUUAUGAACAGAAGAUCAAGGAAUCAAAGAAACAUGUUCAGGAAACCAAGAAACAAAAUAUGAUUCUCUCUGAUGAAGCAAUUAAAUUUAAGGAUAAAAUCAAGAAACUCGAGGAAACCAAUGAAAAUCUGAAUGAUACAGCUAAAAGUCUGCAUGUUAUGUUAGCAUCUGAGAGAGAACAGAAUGCCAAGAAUCAGGACUUGUUGCAGCAGGAAAUCAAAGACUGGAGCAAAUCCCAUGCUGAGCUCAGUGAACAAAUCAAAUCAUUUGAGAAGUGUCAGAAAGAUUUGGAAGUCGCUCUUACUCACAAAGAUGAUAAUAUUAAUGCUUUGACCAAUUGCAUCACACAGUUGAAUCGGUUAGAUUGUGAAUCUGAAUCUGAGGGUCAGAAUAAAGGAGGAAAUGAAUCAGAUGAAUUAGCAAACGGGGAAGUUCCGGGAGGUGACCGGAGUGAGAAGAUGAAAAAUCAAAUUAAGCAGAUGAUGGACAUUUCUCGGACACAAACGGCAAUAUCGGUAGUUGAAGAGGAUCUAAAACUUUUACAGUUUAAGCUUAGAGCGUCGAUGUCCACCAAGUGUAACCUGGAAGACCAAAUCAAGAAAUUAGAAGAUGAUCGCAAGUCACUACAAUCUUCCAAAGCUGGACUGGAAGAUGAGUGCAAAACCCUGCGGCAGAAGGUGGAGAUUCUCAACGAGCUCUAUCAGCAGAAGGAGAUGACCUUGCAAAAGAAGUUGAGUCAAGAAGAGUAUGAGCGGCAAGAAAGGGAGCAGCGGCUGUCAGCUGCAGAUGAAAAGGCGGUUUUGGCGGCAGAGGAAGUAAAAACUUACAAGCGGAGAAUUGAAGAAAUGGAGGAAGAAUUGCAGAAAACAGAGCGCUCAUUUAAAAGCCAGAUUGCUACUCAUGAAAAGAAAGCUCAUGAUAACUGGCUCAAAGCUCGCGCUGCAGAAAGAGCUAUAGCUGAAGAGAAAAGGGAAGCUGCCAAUCUGAGACACAAAUUAUUGGAAUUGACCCAAAAGAUGGCGAUGCUACAAGAAGAACCUGUGAUCGUAAAACCAAUGCCAGGAAGACCCAACACACAAAACCCUCCACGAAGAGGCCCCCUGAGCCAGAAUGGCUCUUUCGGCCCAUCGCCAGUGAGCGGUGGCGAGUGCUCCCCUCCGCUGACAGCAGACCCGCCCGGGAGACCUCUCUCUGCUACACUCCAUCGAAGAGAUGUGCCUAGAAGAGAAAGUGUGGACGGACCUCUACCUCGUCCCCGAUGGUCGUCCGAGACACCUGCGAAACCCUCUGCCUCUGAUCCAGGAUCUGGUGCAGCUCCCAGGACGACCAGCAGCUCGAGAAGUUCCUCCCCUUCUAAGGUGAUGGAUGAGAGCAAGGUGAAUAUGGCUACAAAGGGGCCCCCUCCUUUCCCAGGGGUGCCCCUCAUGAGCUCCCCUGUGGGGGGCCCUCUCCUGCCACCCAUUCGAUACGGACCACCUCCUCAGCUCUGCGGGCCUUUUGGGCCUCGACCACUGCCUCCACCUUUUGGUCCUGGUUUGCGUCCACCCCUGGGCUUAAGAGAAUACGCACCAGGUGUUCCACCUGGAACGCGGGACCUGCCUCUUGACCCUCGAGAAUUUGUACCGGGACACACACAGUUUAGACCUUUGGGCCCUCUUGGCCCAAGAGAGUACUUUAUUCCUCCUGGUACCCGAGUACCACCCCCAACCCACGGCCCCCAGGAUUAUCCACCUUCACCUGCUGCAAGAGACUUACCGCCUUCCGGCUCCAGAGAUGAGCCCACGCCAGCCUCUCAGAGCGGCAGCCAGGACUCACCGGCUUUAAAACAGAGCCCAUAAACAUGACCUCAGAUGUGUAGUCUGAGAAAGUGGACUGUGCGCUGUUCGUUACAGCCUUCAAAAUCCACAAGUUUAUUUCAAAAGGUUUGUUUUUAGAACUAAGCUGCCCUGGCAGUGUGCAUUUUUGAGCCAAACAAUUAAAAAAUAUCAUUUACCCCCUAAAUAAAAAUCACCUCGUAAGCUAGAACCUCCUUCCAACUUUGAAAUGUGCAAUAAAGAAUACCUGUGUUUUAGUUAAUGUAGCAUAUGUUAACUGUCAAAUGAUUUAAUGUCAUGAAAAAUAUGAACAUUUCCUGUGGAAAUGCUAUAAGAACAUGUAUUUCCAUUUAUUACCUAUUUUUAGUGUAUACCAGUUGAAUGCAGAGCAACAGUGUGGAUAAGCUUGAUUUUUUUUAAAAAAUGUCUGGUCGCAGACUGUUACGCUAAAAAUGUUUACUAAAGAUCACUUAACUGUCUCCCCUCUUGCUGAAGUUCUUUGUAGUAAUAGUUCAUAAAACGUUGGUUACUAAUAUUUCCCAGGAGUCUGUUGAUUCAUUGGAUUGUUUUCUCAUGAGACUUGGGCCACUUUGGGAAGACGUCACUGAGGCCCCCAGAACUGAAGCUGGUGGCUGGGCAGCACGCUCCCUGCUGCUCCCCGCUCAGGAGGCUCAGCCUGAGCCACGGGGAACAGUGGCCACGACCAAGGUCUUUACUUCCAAGAAGUCAGUGGGCCCAUCUGUAUAGCACUCACUUGCUUUCUGUGACUUUCGCUGCCUGGUUCAUUUCCUGACUAGGAGUUGACAACAGUAGCAAGAGUUGCCUGACCCGAUAUUCUGUUGCUUUUACCAUUCUUGCAUUAAGGGUGCCCAACAGAAAAAUGAAAACGAUGUAUUGGGACCAUAAAAGUACGGAAAUCCCUUUCAUUAAAAAAUGUGGAGUAUUAUUUCUCCCAUCCCUUGCCACUGAUUUUUAACAAGUACGGAAAAAAAAAAAAAAGCAGAGCAGAGUACUAUGAGAACGAAUGACUUAGGAUUUUAAGAUCUGUAAUGGCCCUAGGUCAGCAACCAUGGACCGAACACUAUUAUUGAUUCUACUCCACAAUUAAUACUGGAAUGUUGGCACAUGUAUUUAAAAAUCAGUAAAUCUAAGAAUCUGGGAUUGCACCAUACUUAAAAAGUUUUCUUAUACCAUUACUACACCAUGUCUUUUAAACAAUGUUUCUUAAGAACUCUUCAGACACUUGAAAUUACAGUAACUUCAUAGCACAUUUAAAGAAGUUUAAGGUUUAAAUUGAAUCACAAAUAUUAAAAGCUGAUAUUCUUGUUUACUGUU